UCAGGACAAGUCAAGAUUUAGUGUUUAUAAAUUUUUAAAGAUGCCUGAUAAAAUAAUAAUUGGCCUGUUCAGGAUACUUUCAUACUCGAAUUUUAAAUAAGGAAUUUAUAGUAGAAAUUUAAAAAUGGUUGUCAUGGAUCAAAAAGAGGAAAGGAUUAAAAAACCCUUUCUGGGAGGUUGGCGACAUAAAUUGAAUGGCACUGAAUUUUUAAACGCUGAAUCACAAACUGGUCCACCACCGAAAAAAUCACCAUGGUCUUGUAUGUUGAGCAAGGAAGUACAAUGUGUAGAAACGAGAGAGAAUUUUACUCAACCUCCUCGUCAUCGAGCGACUCAAAUGUGGCGGACAGAUUGUUACAUUCCAAGUGAAACAGAUAAGUAUUUGUCGAUUAAAACAUAUGAAAGUUAUGAAGAAAUGCAGAGAAGAAUAAAUAUUGAGGGUCAUGCUCGUACAAUUCAAAGAUAUUAUAGAGCUUAUCGAAUUCGAAGAUUCAUAAAAGAGUCUGCUCAGUUGUACAGGAAGUUAUUGGGUGAUUGCAGGCUUGAAGAAGAAGAAAAGGAAGCAAAGAUUCAGAAAAGGUUUCAAGACGAAAUAUUUCGCAAGACUUAUCCCAAGACGAGAAUGGAUUUCGACAUGUUAUAUAAUUUAAUCGACAAUUGGAGAGUUAUACAGUUCAGUCAGAUUAAAAAACAAUUUUUUAAAGCUGGGCAACUUGCAGUUCAAUAUUCAGUUCUGGAAACAACAGUUUCAAUGCUUAAAAAUGUGGACAGCCUUAGGCAAGUUGUUAGAGAUUCUUACAGAACAAAAAAGCAAGCUAAAUUUUUAAAAAUUCACUGUCAGCCUUUAAAAUGGAAAGGAUAUAAAGGAAAAUCAAUAGAGAUGGUGACACUGAAAACGCAAAAAGCUCGGGAGUAUAAAAUACUUUAUGAUGAUUUGAAAAAUGAUGACGUGACUUUUGAAGAGAGAAUAGAAAUACUGCUGAACGUGAAGAAUUUUUUGAUAAAGUAUGAUGGAUAUGCAGUUGAAGAAUUGAAUUAUUUGAUGGAUCAAGAACUAAUUUUUUUAGAUAGAAGAAUCGAAGGAUUAGUUUUAGACAAUUUGAGAAAAAGGACAAUCAGUACGUUUUUACAUUUCCUGAGAAAAUCCAAUUUUUAUAGUUGUAAAUUCAGGAGCGAAAACACGCUGAAGGAUCAGAGUUUCCAUGAAUUGCGGGAGCCUUUGGAGACUGAAACUUUAUUGUGUAGAAGUUGCAAGAAGUUACUUCCGCGCAACAAAUUCUCAGUUCAUGUGAGGAUGAAGACAUUUCUUCACUGUAAAAGUUGUGCUUGGUUGACUAAGAAGAGGAACAUACCUCACGUAAAUUAUGACCCAUAUUCAUUUAUGUUGAGAGAGAUUCGUUCUGAAGAGCAGAGGAUGAAUUGCUUUUCAAGUUUGGCUUAUGUCAUGCAAGAACCUGACAUAUACCACCUAAUAAAUCACACAUGGCAUGGUCGCUCGAUUGUCAGCGAGAACAACGAUCUGUACACUUUGAGAUUAAUCCGCUUCGACAUUAAAGCCGAGUGGGCUCCGUGGAAUUGCAUUCUGUUGACAGAGGACGAAGCUAAAACGCAUUACCAUAUUAAAAAAGUAGAAUCUCUUUAUUCAAAACGUUUGCUUCAAUCCAUUUAUUUGAAUCAUCAGAUGGCAAAAUCCAUUUUCAAAAAUUUAAUCACAAUUGAAACUCAAUUCAGGGAAUCUGGAAGGUAUUAUUUAAUUCAAAAUAACCGAGAUUUCCAACCAACUUUGACAGCAGAACGUUAUGAAAAUAGGAUCAAAUAA